AUGGUGUCCUGGAGUGAAAGCGACGACAGCAGCGAGCACACUAGGCAGUACAUCAGCUCUGAUUCUGACGACGGCAGAAUGCAGGUCCCUGCUUCAACUGAGGACUCCGAUUUUGAGGGCCCUGAAGUUGAAAUGCAGGAAGGUAGAGACUGUGGACUAGUUAAAUGGAUUGAUCCUGCUUGGCCCAAUACCCUUGAGAAUGCAUUGCACAAGUUAUGGUUGAUGUAUGAAGACAACAAGAGACAGAGGGCUGAGGACACUCUGAUGAAUUCUUUUGAAGUUCAUAACCUGACACAAGAGAAGAAAAAGCUACAGGCCAGCUAUGAGAAGCUAGUUGAAGAUGUCAAUGCACUUGUGGAUGCCCAGCAACGUAGGGUAGAGAUAGAAAAGACAGAUGCUGAUACCAAGAAGUUGGAGGAGAAGUAUGAGAUGGUGAAGAACCUGGUAGCUGCUCAGGCCAGUGUCAUUAGGAACAUGAAGCUCAAGCUAGCUGAAGAGAGGAAGAACUUGCAGAUCCAGAUUGAUGAGCUGCAGAAGAGUGUUGAAGAGAGCAAUGUGAAGCUGCAUGAGAGCAAUGUGAAGCUGCAGGAGAGCAAUUUGAAGCUGCACGGGAUCAAGGCCAUCCUAAAUGAAUGA